AUGACUCCUGUCAUAGGGUUGGGUCAAGGCUCAAAGUUGCAACAAGUUGAACCGCACUACCCCAUCACAUUUGAGGGAAUAAGGGAAAGGGAUGUGAUGGUCUAAGAGACUGCCUCCAAAGAACGGCUGUAAUAUGGUGGGGAUGGUAUUAAAACUGAAUUUAGAAGAGCACUACCCAUAAUUAAAGUAUGAUUAUCUUUUCUAAUAAAAUAAUAAUACUUCAUAUUUUAAUGUAAAGUUAAUAUCAUUUUAAUAAUCAUAGAUCAUUUAAUAGUCAUAGCUAAUAUCUUUUUUAUUGUUAAAGCUAAUGUCUAUUUGUAAUCAAAGCUAAUGUCAUAUUAUAAUCAUAAAUAAUAUCAUUUUAAGAAUCGAUUAAGACAAGAGUUUCGGGAUACUCAGGAGGUGGAGUACUUUGGUUGGUAAAGCCUACAUGUAAUUAUAAAAAUUAUAUUCCAAGUACGGUUGGGGCUCUACAUAAAGUGUCGCAAAAGUACAUAAGGUUUUUUUUCUUAGGGGGGACUAUUUUUUCCUUAUGUUUUUAUUGAAAAAUAAAAGUAAAGGCCAGGGCCUAAAAGCACCUAGGUGUUUUCCUAAAGGUUUUUGA